GGUAGUGAUUGACAGCCGCAAGAGGCCACUUGUGUACUUAAAAAGUGACCAUUGUUUCAAAAGUAAUAUUUCCAGCUCAAACCCUAAAGUGUAUGUCGCUUCAGACGCCAUUGUUUACCACUCCUCCCAGGAUGUUAAUACCUAGUCAAUGGCGGCUACUUCUUCGGGAGACACCGCCCUUAGUGUUUGGGAAGAGAAUUGUAAGUCACGUGACAGCCCCCGCGAAAGAGCUGUAAACAAAUCAACACGAAGUAAGAGAGGUGUAUUAUAUGCACAUAAAUACAUAUUUUACACUAAUAUACUGUAGGUUAUAUACUCGGUGGGAGGAGGAGCCUCCAGACUUGCUGUGGCUGCUAUCGGGUCCUUCGUCAGCCGUCGGCUGCAGACACUUAAAUUGGACAUAGUCAACAACACGGAUGAGGGAACAUGUUGUGGCUUCUAAACAGCACGUCCGCCGGUGUGUAACAAUAUGGUGAUCUUGGUGAAAUACCGCUGACGCAGCGAGUCUGAGAUGAACUGAAGACAACCGCAACGCUUUCACCCUAAACGUCGUCAGGUGAUGAGAAUUGACAGGACCCAACUGAGUCUUUGAGAUAUCAUGGAGGAUGAUUACAAGCAUCUGCUCAGCUCAGAGCAAACUGGAGAGAUCUUCCCGCACAGAGGCUCAACAGACUCACUGGACAACAGGGCUAAAAGGCCUUUCCAUGUGGAGCCCAAAAAUAUUGUAGAUGAUGAUAAGCCAGAGCGGGUGUCCGCUGAGGCUGCUAUCCUCAACAGUAGAGUGCAUUACUACAGCAAACUCACUGGCUCUUCUGACAGACUGCUGAGUCCACCUGACCACGUGAUCCCCCGGGCAGAGGAAAUUUAUAUCUACAGCCCCCUGGGAUCAGCUUUUAAGGUGACUGGUCGUGACCAAUUGUCUAAAAACCCCAGUAUCAUCACCAUAUUUGCAAUAUGGAACACAAUGAUGGGCACAUCCAUACUGAGCAUACCUUGGGGUAUAAAGCAGGCUGGUUUCACCCUGGGGAUCCUCAUUCUUAUCUUCACUGGUUUGCUUAUGCUCUACUGUUGUUACAUCGUGUUAAAAUCACCAAAGGCAAUCCCUUAUUUGGACACAUCCGACUGGGAGUUUCCUGAUGUUUGUAGAUACUACUUUGGAAAGUUUGGCCAGUGGUCUAGUUUGGUCUUCUCGAUGGUGUCUCUUAUUGGAGCCAUGGUGGUUUAUUGGGUCCUCAUGUCCAACUUCCUCUACAACACGGGACAGUUUAUUUACAACUAUGCUCAUCAUGUUAACAUGUCAUAUCCCGAAUUUGGAACCAAUGGCACAGAUAGAGUAAUUUGCCCAUACCCAAACACUGACUCUGGAGGGAACAAGAGCAUCAGCAGUAUUUACCCUUGUAGCAGUGGAAAUGAUACAACGGAUGUUAACUCUUUUGAACACUGGUGGAGCAAAACCAGUACCAUACCGCUCUAUCUCAUCGUCUUACUGCUGCCGCUGCUUUGUUUCCGAUCAGCCUCCUUCUUUGCAAGGUUCACGUUUUUGGGCACCAUAUCAGUCAUCUACCUGAUUGUUCUGGUCACCAUUAAAGCUGUCCGCCUUGGCUUUCAUCUCGAGUUCCACUGGUUUGACACAACCAAGUAUUAUGUUCCAGAGUUCCGGCUGCUCUUCCCUCAGUUCACGGGGGUCCUCACGCUGGCGUUCUUCAUUCACAACUGUAUCAUCACACUAAUGAAGAGCAACAAGCACCAAGAGAACAAUGUACGGGACCUGUCUGUGGCUUAUCUCCUGGUAGGGCUGACCUAUCUUUAUGUGGGAGUGUUGAUCUUCGCUGCCUUUCCUGCGCCUCCCCUAACCAAAGACUGCCUUGAACCGAACUUCUUGGAUAAUUUCCCCAGCGAUGAUGUGAUGGUUUUUGUGGCUCGGUCGUUCCUGUUGUUCCAAAUGAUCACAGUCUAUCCCCUGCUGGGCUACUUGGUGCGAGUUCAGAUGAUGGGCCAGAUCUUUGGCAAUCAUUACCCCAGUUUCUUCCACGUCCUCGCCCUGAACAUAUUGAUUGUUGGAGCUGGUGUCCUGAUGGCAAAGUUCUAUCCCAAUAUUGGAUCCAUUAUUCGGUUUUCUGGAGCAACGUGCGGCUUGGCUCUCGUGUUUGUCUUCCCCUCCCUGGUCCACAUGAUCUCCCAGAGACGACAGGGCACCCUUCGCUGGCCGUCUGCCGUUUUCCACAGUUGUCUGAUCCUGUUGGGUUUGGCCAACCUGGUGGCUCAGUUUUUCAUGUAGAGUCUUGAGAUUUCUGAUCGAUGGUGGACAACAAAAAAAAUACUAUAAUUCAUGAUGAUGUUUACAGCCGCCUAUAAAAUAAAUGACAUCAUCCACCAGGAAUCCAAUGACUUAAUUCUGUUAUCUCCUGCUGUGUUUCUGCCUAGCAGCCAGGAAGAUUUUGGUGAUAAAAUGUUACUUGGUGGUAACUUAAGACGUGUGAUAAUUCUUGCCCAGACUAGACUGAGGGACUCAGACUUGGUAUUUUAUGUUUUAACUUUUUGUCUCUUGACGUGGGGAAUAUCAGCUUUAAAGGCCUACGGAAAUGAGAUUUUCUUAUUUAAACGGGGAUAGCAGGUCCAUUCUAUGUGUCAUACUUGAUCAUUUCGCGAUAUUGCCAUAUUUUUGCUGAAAGGAUUUAGUAGAAAACAUUGACGAUAAAGUUUGCAACUUUCAGUCGCUAAUAGAAAAGCCCUUGCCUUUACCGGAAGUAUGUGCGCGUGACGUCAUGAGUUGCAGGGCUCCUCACAUAUUCAGAUUGUUUUUAAUGGGAGUCACCAGCAGUAAGAGCAAUUCGGACUGAGAAAGCGACAAUUUCCCCAUUAAUUUGAGCGAGGAUGAAAGAUUCGUGAAUUAAGAUAUUGAUAGUGAAGGACUAGAAAAGAAAAAAAAAAAAGCGACUGCUCCGGGCGGCGGAAGUGUGAGCAUUUCAGAUGUAAUUAGACACAUUUACUAGGAUAAUUCUGGAAGAUCACUUAUCUGCUUAUUGUUUUAAUAGUGUUUUAGUGAGAUUUUAAAGAUUGUAAAGACAUACCUCGAGGUCGGAUGGCUGCGGUGAACUCGCAGUGUCUCAGAGAGAAGCCGAGGAGCCAAGCUCACAGCUGCCUUUUUUGACAACUGUUGCAGGACGACAAAUAAUCCACUGAUGUCUCCGUUAAGAUAUAUAUAUCACAAUUUCCCCAUCCAAAAACAUGCUGGUUGACGUAGAGAAAACAUGUUCGCUUGACCGCUCUGUGUUAAAGCUUCACAACAAACAAAGAAACACCGGCUGUGUCUCGGUGCUAAAGGCAGCUGCAAUCAACUGCUUUUCACCAACAGCAUUGUUCUUUAUAGUCUCCAUUAUUAAAUGUACAAAUUGCAAAAGAUUCAGCAACACAGAUGUCCAAAAUUCUGUGUAAUUAUGCAAUUAAAGCAGAAGACUUUUAGCCACUAGUGGUGCAGCGCUAAUAUUUCCGAACAGUCUGUGACAUCACGCACACGCGUCAUCAUUCCGCGACGUUUUCAACAAGAAACUUGCAGGAAAUUUAAAAUUGCAAUUUAGUAAACUAAGAAGGCCGUAUUGGCAUGUGUUGCAAUGUUAAUAUUUCAUCGUUGAUAUAUAAACUAUCAGACUGCGUGGUCGGAAGGAGUGGGUUUCAGUAGGCCUUUAAGGGAAGUGUAUUUCAACAGUUAAUGUAGUUCCAUAAAAUCAAUGUGUUGAAUGUGUGGCUUCAUAGUUGUAUUUUAUGAUCUUUAUGGAGGUUUCCCUCACUGAUUACAGGGAAUUAUUUUUACUAAUUUGGCUACUUGGGGAAAGUAAUUUUUUGCACAAACUGUCACAAUCUUUUAAUUUCAGAAAUCAUGUUGAUUUGCAUUGGAUUUAUUAUUUAAACUAAGUUUUAAUGUUUACAUUUUUCAUUCUGUACUAUUGAAAUUCAUAAAGGGAAAAACGGAACGGAAUUGAAAAUAAAUCCUAUCAAUUAAAAAAUGUGUAGUGUUUUCUGUCCAAAAAAAAAAAAAAGUCAAAUAAUAGAUCAUCACUUGAUGGUACGUGGACUCCGACUUAAACAAGUUGAAAAACCUAUUCGGGUGUUACCAUUUAGUGGUCAAUUGUACGGAAUAUGUACUGUACUGUGCAAUCUACUAAUAAAAUUUUCAAUCAAUCAAUAAAUAA